AUUAUUAUUCUCUUCCAAGCUAAGAAGAAGCGUUACUCCGCUUCAUCAUCAUCCUCUGCUCAGCCUUUUUUCAUCACCGGCUCCAGCCCUGGAGAUAACGACUUUGACCGGGAAGAUACUUUCAUGUCAAUGAUUCAACAACCUAACUCCUCAGCUCCACCAGCCAAGAAACGAAGAAACCAACCUGGAAACCCAAGCAGAUUCGUAUGCGAUGAGUAUGCAACAAAGGGUUUCAGAGAGAACAAAAUCUACAGCUUCACCGAAGAGGACGCAAUCGCCCAUGGAAGCUCAAACAGAAGUCUACCAAUGGAGUGAAGAGGAAAGUGUAUCUUUGUCCGGUUAUAUGCUUAUAAACAUGACAUGAGAUACAUUCAAAUCCUAGAAUAUACAUUGGUCAUUAUCUCUAAUAAGAUGCAGUCCUCCGGCAAGGAGCCGAACGGCGACGUUUCCGAAAUGACCUCCGCCUUCGCCGCUAGAUCCAACGCCGGUGUUUUUUCUUUCUCUGCAUCGUCUACAAUCUAUAGUUGGAAAAGCUUGAGAGAGACAGUGAGAACGAUGAAUAUAAAGAUCAAAUAUCCAAAUUCAGAAACAUUACAAAUCCACAGACUUCGAUUCCUG